AUGUUGCGAGGCAGUAAGAAUUUUCAAAAUGGUGCCUUCCAUUUCAACUUGACCGGCAAACAUCACCAAAACCAUCACUAUCAUGGUGGCGCUGCCGGAUCACCCUGUGGUUCUUCUUCUGCAGCGUCGUCGCCUAAUCUCAACGGAAGCCUUGCCUCGAUGGUCGUUGACCCUUACGCUUUGCCUCCCCCAGAUUUAUCUCAACAUCUAUUAGAUCUUUACUUUACACAUUUUUACCCUUUGCUGCCCCUGAUUCACAAAAAGUCAUUUUUGAAAUCCCUACAGUCCAGGGAAAACGCUCCUCCGCCUUUGUUGUUGAAUGCUAUCUACGCUGUAGCUUCCCGUAUAUCACCCGAUAUUCGAGUGAGAUCGGAUCCGAAUUCAAGGGACACCGCUGGCGAUAUUUUCUUCGAAAGGGCAAGAAUCUUAUUGGACUACGAAUGGGAUGACUUCAAAGUAUCUACCGUCCAGUCUUUAUUGUUGAUGAGUAGUCAUCAAAAUGGUGCUCUAAAGAAUAUUCGUGGCUGGUUAUAUAGUGGUUUGGCAUUCCGAAUGGGUCAAAAUCUAGGCUUAAACAGAAAUUGUGAUUCUUGGAAUUUGUCUGAUGAUGAAAAAGAAGAACGAAAACGCGUAUUUUAUUGCUCGUUUGUAGUAGACAGACUAACAUGCGCCAUGCAUGGUAGAGCACCUAUGAUUGAUGACCGUGACUUGGAUGCGCCGUAUCCGUCACAGCUCGAUGGAGACGAUAAAGAAAGUAAAACAAUCAUGGAAGACUUUCAUCAACUUAUCAAACUAUGCGAAAUAUUGGGUGAUAUUCUAUGUCAAUUGUACAUGGUGAAAGGCCGAAAACAUAUUCAUCAAAUGUCAUCACCCGAUUCGAUUAUAUCGAUGCUUGAUCGAGCACUCAACAAAUGGAUGGCCAAGCUACCACCUUGUUUACAAUACAGACCACCAAAUACCCGCAUGGCAGAAACUGCACCUGCACCUACUUUAGCUAUUUGUCAAAUUCACAUGCUUUUUUACACUUCACUUAUUCUACUGCAUCGUCCUUUCAUUCCUGGGCCUACUCAAGAAGGUACACCUUCUGUAUUCCCAUCAGCAUCGAUUUGUACGUUUGCAGCCAACAAAAUUUUAGAUAUUGUCGUUUGCUUGAUGGCAGAAGGACGAUUAAAAAAUGUCAACAACUAUGCACUGUAUUUCAUGUUUACAGCCGGCAUCAUUUUUAUCAACGAUGCUCUCUCGUCAGACUCCAUGUUUGCUUUUGAAGCGAAAAUUAGCAUCAACAAGAUUAUUCGAGCCAUGGAUGAGGUGGAAAAGACCUGGAUCACAUCGGCCCGUCAUUGCAAUAUUUUGGCAGAGUUAGCAGGCCUGAGAGACAUCAAUUUGGAAAAUAUCGAUGAACAUCAUUCCCGCCCAACGCAAAUCAAUGAAUCAAUACGUCCUUCUGAACCCUUAUCCAUUGCUGUACCCAAUUCUCCCAUCAUGUCUUCUGCAUCAGCAGAUACAAACAGUAUCCCUGCGCAGACUAUACCACUUUCACCGCUUGAGUUCAACAGAAAUCCCAUCGAUACGCGACGCGGUACCGAACAAAGAUUCCCUGAAUACUUGACUCAAUACGUAAACAAUGUUCCUGUCACCAAUACUUCACCCCUCAAUAACGCCUAUUCAACCCCACCCUCUGCAACUAAUACCACUACAUCCACACCCAACAUUAACUUUGACCCCAUUGGGACAGCUUUCUGGGGUGUGCCUAUGUCGUUUGAUAUUGAUGAAUGGAACAGUUACUUUAGUAAUCAAAACACGCUGCAACAGCAACAGCAGCAGCAGCAGCAGCAACGACAGGGAGGCGGUAAUAGUAGCGUCGUACCUACAGAUUCAAUUCAAAUGGUUAUGAAUCCAUCAUCGCAACCCUCCUCAGAAGCAGCGCAACAACAAGCACAAGCAAGUGCUAUAUGGUGA